CUGUAAAAUAAUAAAAUAAAAUGUUGAUUGUAAAAUUAAAUUAGUUUAAUAAAAUGUAAAUAGAGAACAAUUUUAGUUAAAAAUGGCCAACAAUUGUGGUUUCAGUAGAGAAGCUGUUCGUGUGAAAGUUAAAAAAUGUGAAGGUCAAUUAACACCAGAGUGGAGAAAAUUUAGUGUAGACCCUCAAAUAACAUCUUUAGAAGUCCUAGUUAGUAUCUUAGCUAAAGCAUUUGAUUUAAGGGGUGACUUUAAUGUAAGCUACAAGACGACCGAUUCUAAUGGACAGGAUGCUUAUGUGGUAGUUUUAUCAGAUUGGGAUUUGGAUGCAGCAUUCUUGAGAGCUCACAAUACUUCCAUUACAAAUAAAGUAGAGCCUUGUUUAUAUUUGCGUGUGGAUAUAAAACCUUUUUCUGAAUCAUGUGAAGACCCAGAAUGGGAUUCAGUUGAAUUGGAAGCUGCUCAUGCAGCAGUUGAAAGAACAGAAUCAGUGUUUACAUCAAGUACUGCUGUAAAUACUUCUCAAAUAACUAAUGUUGUUGGUUCUAACAUAAAUGUCACUGAGAAAAAAGAAUUUAUUACUGGGCUUAGGCAGCAUAAAUUUCCUGGAAUAUUUAAAAAUCAAAUGGAGAAGACACUAUCAAUGGUCCAGAAGGCUUUGAAUCUAGUAGAAACAGUUGAUAGUUGGAAUUGGCACUCAAAUGAUACACCUCCUUUAGGGGAUUCUGAAUUUCGUGGUUUACUCGAUGCUGUUGGUCGGUUGUCCACACCACAGCGUUUAAGGAGAAGAGUUUACUCUGGAGGAAUUGAACCAAAUUUAAGACGUGUAGUAUGGAAACAUGUGCUAAAUGUGUAUCCUGAAGGUAUGUCAGGCCGUGAGCGAAUAUCUUAUAUAAAACGAAAAUCUAUAGAAUAUAUUAAACUGCGUGAUGCAUGGCGGGAUGUUAUUCAGAAUGGGCCAAUAACACCACAACUUUCUUAUGUAACCAGUAUGGUUCGAAAAGAUGUUUUAAGAACUGACAGACACCAUCCAUUUUAUGGAGGAAGUGAUGAUAACAAAAAUAUUGCUGCUCUUUUUAAUAUCCUGACAACAUAUGCUUUAAAUCACAAAGUUAGCUAUUGCCAAGGAAUGUCAGAUUUGGCAUCUCCCUUAUUGGUGACAAUGAAUGAUGAGUCUCAUGCUUAUAUUUGUUUCUGUGCUCUUAUGAAGAGACUAAGUGGAAAUUUCAUGCUUGACGGGAUUGCCAUGACGCAAAAAUUUGCACAUCUCAGCGAAGCUAUAUUAUAUUAUGAUCCUGAGUUUUAUGCCUAUCUUAAGCAACAGCAGGCUGAUGACUUGUUGUUCUGCUAUCGCUGGUUGUUGUUGGAAAUGAAAAGAGAAUUUUGCUUUGAAGAUUCCUUACGCAUGUUAGAAGUUCUUUGGAGUUCUAUUCCCUUAGUAACAGUGCCUGAACAGGAACUUGAAUUAUUCGAGUUCGAAUUCAAACCUAUAUUUACCGUUCCUGAUACACCGAUAGUGCCCUGUGAAAACGCUUACACUAAAGUUUGUGCGCUUCGCAGACAAAGUUCUGCCAUGAAUCUGGGACAGAAUGUAAAUAACAUUAAAUUUCAAACUUCAAAAAGAUUAAAUCUGAGCCUGGACGAAACUAGAGGUAGAUGUAAAUUCAAAAAUGCACUUCAAGACAUCAAAACUAUUAGUUUGGAUGAUACUGUUUUACAAAUGAAGAAAGCAAAUGUAGAUCGUGAUGAAGAAAAAUCUGAAGAUAAAAAUAGCAUUAAAUCAACUUCUCCUGUGGAACGACCGAGGUCAGUAUCGCCUAGAAAAACUGAUGAUGAAUUAAAUGAAAUUAGUGAACGUCCUAUAGAAGUAAUAAGCAAUAGUAUGAUUGAUUUGGCCAAAAAAAGUAACUGUAUUAGAAAACCCGGAGGGCAUUUUAAAGAACUUAAAGAAAAGAUCGCCUCGGCAGGAAAUUCUCGAAAAAACAUUUUUAGUAUAUCUCUUGAUAAAAUAGAAGUACGCAAUGAUAAAAAAAUAGAAUAUGGAAAUAAGCAUUUAAAUCACAAUGGAGGAGGAAAAGUUGUUAAAAACUUAAAUGAGUUUUUAAACUUUAACAAAAGCCGUUUAUCAGAAAAAUUCAUAUCUAAAAAGACAGAUCAAGAUGUGACAACUAUUUCUGAACAACCUAUAACUGACAAUAAAUGUAAAAUCCAGAAACAGUUGCACAAAGAUUUGAGUGUGGAAGGUAGCAGUAGCCCUGAUGAUUCACAAGAAUAUUUUCCAAUGACGACGUCGAUGACACGCGAGUUAAGGUUGGAAUUGGAGAACCUUGAUAGGCAAGUUUUUGGUAGGGACUUUCAUAACAAGUCUUUUCAAUUUGACAAUACUGAUUCUCCAACUGAAACUACAUCAAUUAUUACGGAACAAAAUAAAAAUUUUCAAUGCGAUUCGUCCAAUCAUAGUUCGAUUACUGAAAUUAGCGAGCCAACAGAAUUAGCUGAGAUUUGCAGUGUACCUCAAGUUCAUGUUAAUGGCCAUAAAAAUGGUUUUUCUAAAGAAAAUUCACCUAAUGAUAUCUUUUUAUGGGAAAAUCCUCUGCACAAACAGCAAGAGAUGUGCAAAUCUAAAUUUCCAACAACACCAGAUGAGCAAGCCGACUUAGAAUAUGAUGGGGAAUCAGGGGAAAUCUUUGAAGAAUCUCAGGGGAAAAAAUCUAUAACUCCAAUAAGACUUUUAAGACGUACGCACAAUUCUAACCGUACCUCUGAUUCCUCAGAGAGUGAUAACGACUGGAAAUUGUGCGAUUCGAAAAUCGACUAUAAAGCGAUGUCUGAGGAUAAACAGAACGAUGAAGACAUUGAUAAUAAGUUUAUUGAAAAUAACGAAUUUUCGAAAAAGAUUGAGAAAACUGUGCAGCUGAAUAAUAUAGACAAUUCGCAACAUAUCUCAAAACCUGCUGAAAAUGAAAUAAUACAUGAAAACAAUUUAAACGAACCAAAUGUUUUAAUAGACAAUGUAAAACCUUUGAUGUUGCCACCACCUAAUGAAUUUGGAGGGGGUAAUCCAUUUUUAAUGUUCCUAUGUCUUACAGUUUUGUUACAACAUAGAGAUUAUGUUAUGAGAAAUAAUAUGGAUUAUAAUGAAAUGGCUAUGCAUUUUGAUAAAAUGGUUCGUAAGCAUAAUAUUAAUCGCGUUUUGAAUCAAGCUCGAAAAAUGUACACUGCUUAUUUGAAACAACAAGACGGUAAUGACAAUUCUGUUACAAAAUAAAUUCAAUACUUAGAUAGAUUUUAUUCUCAUGAAAUAUUUAAUCUUUUUCUUUUAACUCAAAUUUACAAGAUUUUUAGGAAUUUAAUUAUUCAA